AUGGGAGAGGAAGGCGAGACGCGACAUGGCGGAGAAGACGAAGAAGAGUGGCUUGUGACGUCACAGCGGAUUCCUCUCUUCCCUCCCACUUCCGGGCCGAGCAAAACAACCAAACACGCUGCAUCCACAGGCAGACAUGCUGCCUACACGAGGUGGCUACUCCCAAACGCCCCUUCUCUCUUCCCCUCAUCGCUGUCGCUCGUCAGAGACUCCCCCGAUACCUGGACGGCGAAGGGCGUCGAAUCCACCUUCCGUGUCAGCUUCGACAAGGACUCCUCGCUCACUGGGACGACCGAUGUCUGCGGAUGGGGCUGGCGAUUCAAGUGGGACUGCUCGAAUGGCCCCAUCGCUGUUUACUUCGACCCGCACCUGGUGGCGAACGCGGAAUACGGACGCGUAUCGUGCACUGUCGUAACGACGGGAUUGACGGAGUAUUCCUUCGACUACUCUUUGAUGUUGUUCUCCCUCAGCCUCCCUUUGAGCCGUUCCAUAUCACAAUCCCUGGUUCCAGAGCCCUUUCAGGACACCGAGGCUCGCAAUUUGCGAAUUGGCUUGUGGACCCGUGCCCUGAGUGGCAAGAAGACAAAAAACCGCAAGAGCUCCACUAGUACGACUCCAACGUUUAAAUUUACCGUCUCCUUUGAGGCCACCUUCGCCCUCACUCCUCCCAAGCCUGUCACCAUCCAGACCCGCCUCCCGUUCUCGGACGAGCCCCUCCCAACGCGCAUCCGCGCCUCUCUUGUCGACACGAUCCAUGGCGGCGAGCUCAUCGAUGUCAAGUUCUGGGCAUAUUCACGCGCCCGGAGCGGCUACGUCUAUGCUCCCCGUCCGCUGUACGGGAAUCUCAGGCUCAUGCGCGGGACUUCGAAACAGUUCGAUGAAGAUCUCGACGACAUCUUCAGCGGAUUUUCCGAAUCGGGGCAGACGGACAUCACGAAUGACCAGGCUCCCGAGAAUGUGUUUGACGCGUAUGACUAUAUGUCCGACAGCGACCUCGAGGACGGCGAAGAAUUCGAUGGCGACACGGAUAUUCACGGCCAGGAAUCAGAACCGGAUGAGAAAGAGCAGCCCGUCGCUGGACCGAGCAUACAGCGCUCGACAUCGCCUGAUGUCAUUGUUCAACAAGAGCUCCAGGGGCGUCGCGGCCAUCGCGUUGUCAUCAAGGGACAUGCUUAUAACACUUGGAAAGCGUUGAUAUACUACCUCUACACAGGCAAGGUGCAUUUCCGUGAGGUCGGCGGGAGGGCUUCGCGUUUCGACCUGAGGCAGCCAAGAGAAGAUGAGGCACCGGAAUGCUCGCCGAAGUCGAUGUACAAACUCGCGGACAAGCACGGCCUCGCGGAACUCAAGCUGCUCGCGUUCGAGGCGAUCCGCGCGCGGCUCUCGGUCGACACCAUUGUGCACGAAGUGUUCUCCAACUUCACUGCCAUAUUCGACGAGGUCAAGACAAUGCAAGUCGCUUUUCUCCGCGCAAACUUGCACACGCCAGCCGUGCGCAAGUCGAUGACGUUGAAGCUGGUGGACUUCUGCGCGGAGCGCGGCUCGUCGGCGUCCGCGGCGGUGCUCCAGGACGUCAUAUUUGGUCCAGCUGAAGCCCCUGCUAGGUUCCAGACGCCUGAGGAGCUAGGUUGGAAUGACUUCUACGGAACUUGA